AUGUAUAAAACACAAAUUGUUAAAUACAAGCAAUAUCUAAAAGCAGAAAGCGAUCACCUAAUCAAAGCAAUAGUACAGCAUGAUACAAGUAGGGAUAGAUAUUCAAUAAUAAAGGAAGCACAAGAAAUAGAAAGAGAACUACAUCUACCUCAAGGAAAUGCACUAACAGAUGAAGAAAUUAGGAAAUCCACAGUAAAUAGGCACAACGAAAUAUGGAGAAAUAAACAGCUACAUGGUCAAUUUCCCAAAAAAGUCUUAGAUCAGGGUAACAUAGACAAGGAACUGUCAUUUAAAUGGAUUAAGAAACAGCAGAUAUCUCCAAGCAUCGAAUCCUCAAUAUUUGCAAUACAGGACCAAGCAAUUAUGACACGACAACACCAACGUGACAUACUUAAGGAGCCAGUAGACGGCAAGUGUCGGCUGUGUGCAAGCAAAGAUGAGACCACUCAGCACAUAAUAUCUGGUUGUGAAAAACUGGCAGGGACCUAUUAUGUUAAACGACAUAAUAACCUUGUUCAGUACAUCUACUGGUGCUUGGCUCGACAGCAUAAAAUGGAAGUUUCUCACUUAUGGUGGAAGGAAACACUGACUCAACCACAAGUAAAAGAAAAUAACUCAGCCAAAAUUAUGUGGGAAAUCCCUGUUCAAACUGAUGUUACCAUAACGCACAAUAGACCGGAUUUAAUUUAUACAAACAAAGAUAACAACAAAACUUACCUAAUAGAUGUAACUGUACCGUCAGAUUAUAACAUCGGAGCUAAAGAAAUUGAAAAAUUAAGCAAAUACCACCUACUCAAAACUGAAAUCAGCCGUUUGUGGAACACACAAACGGUUGUCAUUCCAAUAGUAAUAGGAGCAACAGGAGUAGUAGCUAAAAGCAUAAAAAAGUACUUAGAACAGCUAGAUUCCAACAUUGACGUUAGCAUUCUUCAGAAACAAGCAGCCAUACAUACAACAAUCAUACUCAGUAAAGUACUUGGAGACACUGUUUUCGUACACAAUAUACAAGACCCACUUUCACAAAAUACACAACUAUCAGUAGAUAGAGACACGCAGCAAUCACCAGACACACAGCAGUUAGCAGACACACCACACUCUCUCAACACAACUCAUGAACCUAGCACAAACAAUUUACAAAGACGAGGAAGAGGUAGAGGAAGGAGAAGAAAUGGCGCGCAACGUGUAAACGUUAGCUUGUUUUACUUUGUUUCAGAUGUAAUCCCAGUAAGAGUAAAUCUCUGGAUAAUGAUAUUUACGAGCUGUUGGGUAGUAUAUAUGCUGCGGGUAAACAUGAGUCUUAACCUGAUCGCCAUGGUACCUCAACCAGCUAAAAAUAUCUCGUCACGAUCUCAGUGUACUCCUGAAAAUGAGAUAGUUAACCAUACACUUCGUUACGCUGAUGUGGCAGAAGUUAAAAAAGCUCCAAGACAGAUACAAGGUGGCUCCUUUGAUUGGUCUAAAGAUCAACAGGCUACAAUUCUUGGCGCAUAUUUCUGGUGCUAUCCUGUCACUUCUUUACUCGGAGGGAUGGUGGCUGAGCGAUGGGGUCCGAGAUAUGUGAUUUUAGUUACAUCCCUUAUAAGUGCAGUAUUAACUAUACUGAGUCCGGCUGCCGCUAGACUUAAUUAUAUCGCGCUUAUUGUUGUACGAUUUUUCCUUGGAUUUGCUGGGGGUUUUAUGUAUGCUGCUCUUCAUGUUUUAGUAGCACGACGGGCACCUCCAGACGAAAAAGGCAAAUUCAUAAGUGCUUUGAUGGGAGGAACUUUAGGAACAGUUGCUACAUGGUCUCUCACAGGUCCCUUAUUAGACAAAUAUGGAUGGGCUUCCGCAUUUUAUGUACCUGGAGCACUCACGUUUGUGUGGUGUAUUUUUUGGUGGUAUCUUGUGGCGGAUACGCCUUCAGAACAUCCUAGAAUAUCAAUACCAGAAAGAAAAUACAUCUUAGACGCACUAGGUGAUAAAAUUAAGAAAUCGAAGAGUCUGCCUCCGUUCAAAAGAAUCUGUACAUCAUUCCCAUUUUUAGCCAUGAUUAUUUUGCACUUUGGAAAUCUAUGGGGCCUAUAUUUCAUUAUGACAGUUGGACCUCAAUUCGUUUCCAGUGUUCUUGGUUUUGAACUAGCAACAAUAGGUAUUAUAUCUGCUCUGCCUUACCUUGCUAGACUCUUUAUGGCAACAAUAUUUGGAACUAUAGGAGACUGCAUACUAUCGAGGAAACUUAUGACAACGACUGCUAUAAGAAAAUUCUUCUGUUUGUUCUCACAUAUAAUACCCGGAAUUCUACUCGUGUUGCUGAUGUAUACAGGUUGUUCAACUGCGUUAUCUGUAGCAAUGAUUACUAUGUCGAUGGGUUUCAAUGGAGCAGCCACUUUAACAAAUCUUCAGAAUCACCAAGAUCUAGCUCCUAAUUACGCUGGAACAUUGUAUGGAAUUGCCAAUUUUAUUGGAAGCACUGCGGGAUUCUUUACACCAAUGAUAACAGCGUAUUUUACCAGAAAAGGGGACACCUUCGAUCAAUGGCGUCCCGUAUUCUUCAUAGGAGCGUCAGUGUACAUAGUGUCAGCAAUAUUCUUUAUUUUGUUCGGUACUGGUAAUAUUCAAGACUGGAAUUUUUCUGAAAAUGACAAAACAGAUAAAAAUAAAUCUGAUGAUGGCAAUGAUAUGAAUGAUACUUCCAAGAAUAGUAAUGAGAAAGAUUUAAAAGAAAACCCAACAAGCAUCACCACUAGGACAUAAAAACUACGAAUUUAAGUAGUUCAAGUAAGCGUUAACGUAAUAGUUUAGAUAGUUAUAUUUGUCAUAGAAUAUUAAAUGAAAGAGAUCUGACUAGAAUAUUAGACAUUUUAAAAGAACUAUAUUUAGAAUUAUUAUGUCAGAUAUUGAACUUAAUAUUUUCCUAUUCCUGUACUAAUUGUACAGUGUAUAAGAUGUACUUAGAUAAAUUAUAAUCGCUAGAUAAAAUGGAUAGAUAAUGAUUAAAUAGGACUUAAUGAUGCAUUUCUGAGUUUUUAAGUAAUUAAAAUUUAUUGUCUACAGUAUAUUCCAUUUGUGCCUAAUGAAUAUUGAUAAAAUACACUGUGAUGUUUAUUACCAAAAAUGUAUAUAUCUAUCUACUCGUUUUAUUAUAUAUUUUUGUCAAUAUUUAUUAAAUUAUUAGUAGAGUAUUACUGAAUGACAUAAGGGUAAUAUAACGUGUAGUCCUUCUCCCAAAUUAAAUAUUAAUAUGAUUUCAUUUUGUGUAUUUAUACUUAUUACUGAUUAUUUAUGUUAUUUAAAUUGUUAUACUUUGACGAUAAUGUAAUUAAUUCAUGAAAUACAAUUUACGAUACAAUAUUGUUUAAUUCAUAAAA